UUGAAAAAAAAAUACAAAACGUUAUCAAAACGUGUUUUAUGCCGUUACACAUACCACACACACACACAUGCUUUUUGAGUGGCUGAGAAUUUUUUCUUCUUCUUCAUGUGUUUGUUUAAUUUUCGAACGCCAAAAAAAUGACAUCAAAAUUCUUAUUGUUUAAUAAAAUUGUCAUUGCUACUAUUGUGGUGAUCAUCAUUCCAAUUCAAUGUGAAAAUGAUCAAAUAAAAAAAUCUAAAUCAACAAUCAGUUUCAUAGCAUCAAUACCAGCCAAACAAUCAGAAAUAAUGAUAAAAAAUGGACGAAAAGAAUAUGAAAUUUUAUUGGAAAAACGUAAUCUACCUGUAUAUGGUGAAUGUUGGGACCAUGCCAUCCAACGAUUAGAACAACAAUGUAAUCAAAUGGAUGAAUCACGACAAUCGUGGCUAUCAAUAGUGUUUACCGAUUGUUUUCUAAAAAAUAUGGGAAGUGAAUUAAAAAAUGAUGCCUGUAAACAAGUGAUCAAAUUGAAUGAUGGUAAUGAUCCACAGAAUCAGGUGAAACCGACAAUUUUAUCCAAUCAUGAUCUGUUGAAAGAAUGUACACGUAGUAUGAUUGAUUCAAAUCUAUUCAAUACUUAUACAAUGUUUUUCGUACAUACACAAAGUAUUUGUUUUUAUCUUCAAUCAGAAAAAUGGCAACAAAACACAGAAAAAUUGGUCAAUAAUCUUGUUCAUGAUGCACAUGUUGUAUCCAAUGAAUUGACAAUAGCUGUAGAACAGAUUGAAAAUCUUGAACAUUUACAACAUUCAUCAUUGGAAGCACAGAUUACAAUUAAUCAUGAAUUGAAUCAAGCACGUAUAAAUCUGGAACAAUUUCAACAACAAACCAGAAAACAACAAGAUUUGAUUGAAAAAAUUAUCACACAAUUCAACAUGCUUCAGGAUUUUCUUAUCACUGAAUUCUCGACAAGUUCAUCGAUAUUUUUUUUCAUAGCAAAUAUGUUGGUCAUUUAUUUUAUUACAACACCAAAACGAACUAUCGACAUUCGUCCAUGGUUAUAUAUGAUCAUGAUUGUUUGUUUCUUUUUCGAGAAAAAAGGUCUUGAUUAUCUUUGUUGGUGGCUUAAUUUGAUUCCAGUUAAUUCAUCAUCGAAUAUAUCCGAUUCAAUCAUACAGCUACAAUGGGAUAUAAAUCAAAAAAUUUGGCUAUUACGUAAAUCUAUGCUUGUAACACAGGCAUUCAUAUUUAUAUGGCGAUUAGUUACAUUUAAAGAUUUGACUGAAAUCAAUAAUCAAAUUCUUUGUACAAAUACCGUAAUAUUACGUAAUAUUCAACAACAAAUGUCAUCUAUGAAAAGUUUACAAAAUGAAUCAUCAGGUGAUUGUUCAACAACGACAACAGAUUCUUCAUUAUCCGAUUAUGAAACGGAUGAAUCAUUUCGACCAGAUGAUGAUGAAGUAGAAGAAUAUUUGUAUGAUGAACCACAAAAUUAUUAUUCACCAUACAAACUACGACCAAAUCGUCCAACAAUAUUUAUUGAUUAUGAUGAUGAUGAUAAAAUUGAAAAUAGCGGUCGACGACUAUUUUCACCGAAUCGUUAUCAUUAUCAACAAUAAAACGAACACAACUUAUUAUUCAACAAAGAAUAUUUUCAUCAUCAAAAACCAU